ACAUUUUUCAUGCAGACAGUAACUUAGAUAUGAAAAAAGUUAUCACUGAAUGUCUAUUUCAAAAUCAUCAUCUAAGAUUAACUUCAGUAGCUGUUAUUCUUGAUGAAAACAGAAUGAAACCUAUAGGACAAGACAUAAAAGCAAUUAGAGAGGCUGUAUAUGAAGAUCAAGAGAAUCCUUACUUGCAAAUAGUUAGAAUAUAUGUCAAAAACAAAGCACAGUUUGAUAGAUUUCAUGAAGAAAAAUGUAAAGGAAUAGACAAAGAGUCAGGAAAACAUGGAAUGGCAAUUGGAUUUGUUAAAAAAGCAGCUUCAACAAUUUUUGGACAAAGAGAACUUCCUCCUUGGAAGAAAGUAUUUCUUCAAGGCAAAGAUAAGCAGCAGUAUUUAGUGAUAACAGGAAAAAGUGAUGAUGUAACAAGAACAAGAAAGAAAAUUAUUGAUAUAGUGCAGCAAAAACGACAACAAAAGAUUUGGUUUUAUGUUGAUAGACAAGAUGGGAAAGUGCAGUUUGAUGAUUUUACUUGUGAAAGACUUGACCAAGCUGGUUCUGGAUUCAAAAAUGAAAAGGUUAUCAAAUUGAAAGAUGAAGAAAACCAAGAGUGGACAUUUGAUUUAGAUAAAAUGAAAUGUACAAGAAACAAGAUAUCGUAUCAACUUUGUCAAGAAGAAGUAAAAGAAUCAAGUGUUGAUCCUUCUCAGGAGGAUAUUGAUGAUACAAACAGGAACUCUGCAUUAAUGGAAGCUUCAGGCUCAAUAAUAAAAGAGUGUACCUUUGAAAUUAAUCCAGUUCUUAAGCAAAAUCAGUUUAUAGAGAGAAUUUUAAAGAUGUUAAAAGAUCGGGAAAUCCACUUCAAUCAAACAACAUUGGAAAUAACAGGCUCAUUCGAACAAAUGUCUUCAUUGAACCAACAAAUUAUAAAUGAUUUUGGAAUAGAAACUGGUGUUUUUUCCAAAGAUGAGACCCUAAUAGCAGCAAAACGUACUUAUAAUCAAACAAAGUCAAAUUGGAAACCAAAAGCAGACGAUAAAUUCCGACAUGUUGACAUUAAAAUUCCGUACAUGGAAUACAGAAUGCUUAAGUUUUUUUGUCCAGAGUGUCAGCUGUUCAAAGGUUCACCAACAUAUGAAAAUGGUGUUCUGCGAAAAUUGCUUCAGGUUGGUGAAAAGGAAGAUGAAAUGAAGGCUAUCUUACACUCAAAAUCAUUAUAUUUUCAGUCUUUGACCACUUUUGAUGUUCCUAUGCCUGAAGGUUGGACAGUCACUGAUUUAAAAUUGAAAGAGGUUGAAACUGAGCUGAACAUUAUAUCUUCUGAAAUAUUUUGUUUCCGUUCAAAAGAUGCAAAAACUCUCACAUUGAAGGGAAAUCAGUAUGAAAAACUACAAAUGGCAAAGACAAAAUGUGAAUUCAUUUUAGGUAUUAAACAGAAAGGGAGAGGAGGUCGAAGAGAUAGAGUAAUUUCUACUGAUCCUUCAUAUAAAAAAGAAGGAAAUGAGCAGAUGGGCAAUAAAUCAUUCAGUCAAAGUAUGACACCUUCAAGAUCAUCAUUUUCGCAAAGCUUUAGUGGGGGAUCCAGUUCUCCGUCAGUACCUCCUCCAAGUGCUGAUACAUUUAAAACUUCAGAAGGGUUAUUGGUCCAUGUCUAUGUAGGAAACAUUCUUAAUUUGAAAGUAGACUGCAUAGUAAAUGCUGCCAAUGAGACUUUAAGUCAUGGUGGAGGUGUUGCAGAUGUGAUAUCAAGAGCGGCCGGUUAUGGAUUCCAGCAGGAGAGUGAUGAUUACAUUCAGAGAAAUGGCCAGUUAAAUGUUACAGACUGCUGUACAACAUCUGCAGGCAAUCUUCCAUAUCAGUGUGUAAUUCAUGCAGUAGGUCCAAGAUGGUACAUCUACACAGACAAACGAAAAUGUGCAAAUGACUUGGAGGAAACUGUUAAAAACUGUUUCAAGGUAGCAGAGAUUAAGAAGAUGACAUCUGUGGCUAUACCAGCAAUUAGUUCAGGUAUAUUUGGAGUUCCAAGAGAAGUCUGCUGUACCCAGUAUUGUAAUGCUGUCAAAAACUACAGCAAUAUUUUUGGACAAGCAACUUGUCUUAGAGAAAUUCACUUUAUGGAUAAAGAUGCAUUUAUGGUUGGAUUAAUACAGAAGGAAUUCAAACAAAACCUGAACAUUGAUCAAUCAGUCCAGUCUUCUGGUAGUAGAGUUUCAAAUCCAUCUGGUCAUUCAUUGUCAAAGAAUGAUAAUACACCUAAGUAUGCAAGGUCACUUUCAGAUGAUGCAGCUAAAGCAGGGAAAUACUCUGGUAGUACAAAUGGUAAAAAUAGCAACCAAAGCUCUACUGUUAAGCAAGAGAAGUUCCAAAAGCAGUACAUGACGGCCAAAGGGUUCAAAGUUCAUGUAGUCCAAGAUGAUAUCACUAAAAUGUGUGUAGAUGUCAUUAUUUGCCCACAGGAUGACUUUUGCUUGAGUAAAGGUAGAAUAGCCAAGGCAAUAGCCAAUGCUAGUAAUGAAAGAUAUAGGACAGAUGUUCUUGGUAUGAAAACUGUCAAAAGAAGCGAGGUAAAAAAAAUUGCAGCCUCACCCUCAACACUUCCUUUUAAGUAUGUUCUUCAUACAGUUGCACCAAGAUGGGAUAAGGAUGCUGUAAAAGAUAAUGCCAAAUUUAUGAAGGAAUUGGGCCUGACCAUACGGAAUAUACUAAAGCACUGUAGUGACAGUAAAAAUAUAUCAACUGCAGCUAUACCUGUCUUAGGAAUUGGAGCUGAUGGCUAUGAUACACCAUAUGUCACUUAUGCAUCAAUCCUAUCAAAGGAGAUCUCACAAGAAUUGCAGAAUGACAAAUUCAGCAUGCAGGAAUUAUAUAUUGUCACCAGUGAAUUGGGUAUGGCUUUAGCAGUCACCGAUCAGCUAGACAAAGAAAUACUGUUCUCACCAUGUACUUCUUUCCAAAGACGAAAACGUCACAAUAAAGAUGAUACAGAUGGAACUGAUGAAGAUAAAGAUGGUAAACGAAACAGAAAUAGUGCAACUGGAGCAAUACCCAAGUCUGGAACUGGGAAACUAGGCACUACAGUAAGAGGAGGAAAUUUGGAAGAUUGUGUGAUUUGUAUGGAUACACCUGAUGACCCCAGGAAACUUCAAUGUGGUCAUGUAUAUUGCCAUAACUGCAUCAGCCAGCAUUUUAAAAUAAAUAAUCCUGUCUGUCCAACAUGUGGAUCUAUACAAGGUGUUGUAACUGGUAACCAACCACCUGGUACCAUGAAAGUGUAUAGAAGAUCAAGCCCAUUAUCUGGUUAUCCUGGUUGUGGGAGAAUUGAAAUUGAAUAUAUUAUUGAUUCAGGAAGACAAGGGCCAGAACAUAAAGACGAAGGGCGAAAGUUUGAAGGUAUAAGAAGAAUAGGAUAUCUACCAGAUAAUAGGAAAGGACAAUUAGUGGCAAAGAUGUUAAGAGUAGCAUUUGACAGGAAGUUGGUAUUCACCAUAGGUGAUUCUCGUACAACUGGAAAAGAAGGAGUUGUAACAUGGAAUGAUAUCCACCAUAAAACAAACCCAAAACCAUAUGAACAAUUUGGAUACCCAGAUGAUUCUUAUUUGGAUAGAGUUAUUGAUGAGCUUUCUGCUAAAGGUGUCACAGAAAAAGAUAUAGGACCAAACACGUCCAUUUUCUAGAAAGGAUUUCAAUAGAACAU